CCGUGUAUCCAGUUUGAAAGGUAAAUCAGCGUUAGUCAUGAUCUUGGUUAGUUCCAAUGGUACUUCCAACGAAAUGAUUACUAACUAAAUGACUAACGACACCGAGAGAGCCCGGGCCUCGAUGGUAGUGGCUGGCUCAUUCAGUCGAUCACUUGUUGCAUUUUACUACGCGCGGCAGUUUAUUACCAGUUAAAGGCUGCAAUUAAAAUUAAUUUUUAACCAUCCUGUGCGUGUUGUCAUCUGACAAAAGGGAUAGUCCCCUAUGUGAUGCUCCAUUUAAAUUAACUCUUCUGUGUUCAGUGAUGGAUCGGAAUUGUUCUGUGAUGGAGGAGGUGACCGCGCGUUCGCAUUUUUCGGAACUGGUGAGGUACUCCCGGCCCAUGCUGACAGCGGCUGGAGUGAUCACCCUCAUCAUCAUGGUGAUUGGAGUCGUGGGAAAUUCCCUGACAGUUGUGGCGUUGAUCAGAAACGCCAAGAUCAGGACCGUAGCCGCUGCGUUUAUAGCAAGCCUGUGCAUCUCCGACCUCCUGUUCUGCUUCUUGGUAGUACCUUUCGCAGCCAGCCAGUUCUUCCACGGCACCUGGAUCCACGGUAAAGUCCUGUGUUCCAUGAUCCCCAUGCUGAGGUACGGCAGCGUAGGAGUGUCCCUCCUCAGCAUUGUCAUCAUAUCCAUCAACCGCUACAUCCUCAUAGCUUGGCCAUCGCUGUACCCCAGCAUCUUCACCAAGACCAGGGUCACCCUCUACAUCAUCGGGAUCUGGGCCUUCAGCUACGGCAUCCAGAUACCCACCUUGUUCGGGGUCUGGGGCACCUUUGGUUUAGACGAAAAACUCGGCACUUGCUCCAUCAAGGAAGACGAGUACUGUAGGAAUCCGAAGAACAUGUUGUUCUUCUAUGGUUUCGCGACCCCUUGCAUCGUGAUCAUAAUCUGUUACGCGAAGAUCUUCUGGGUGGUACGGCAGUCUCACAAAAGAAUGGCGGAGCACACCACGAGUACCAACUACAAGAGGAGCGAAAUGCACAUCACCAAAAUGGUUUUGGUCAUUUUCAUCUGCUUUGUCGUGUGUUACCUACCCCUGGCGAUUGUUAAACUGUUGGACAGUGAGGUUGAUCAUCCUCCCCUUCACGUCCUUGGGUACAUCCUUCUUUACUCAGCGUCCUGCGUCAAUCCAGUGGUUUACGUCACGAUGAACAAGCAGUACAGACAGGCGUAUCUGAACACAAUCCGGUGUGACUUCAUGAACAACAUAGAGUCUUACAAUACGCAGCCGCAGAACAGUAAAACGCAUUUAUCAGUGAAUUAUCUGAAAAAUAUGGUGAUAAAAUCGCCCAAAGUAUGACCAAUUCAGUGAUUGAAGCUCAAAUGUAAGGUGAAACGUUUGGGAAAUGCGAAUUGCAGUAUUAUGGACUGAUAGCCACGAUUUAAGGUCUGAAUCAUACCAAUGCAUAUGUGAUAUUACGAUAGAUUGAGUUGAGAAGAAGAGAUUUCGGAGGGAUUUGUCUAUAAAUAAUACUCUUUUCUGUUGAAUUUCACUCAAAUAACAUUAUACUUGCCUGGGUUGUUUCGGAUUCGAUUUAAGCUACUUUAUUCCUUAUCGACUGCAAUCUCCUGAACUGUGGUUGUGAUUGAGCAACUUAUCAUGGGGCUUCGAUAAGUUUAUCUAUUCUUGGAAAGAAAACCACGAUCGAAUCAUAACAUGAAUGGUCGAGUUGAGGUCUUUUUCUGAAAGAAAUUUUAUAAUCGAACCAACAGUAUAAUGUGGAAUCAAUUUUCAACAGAAUUUCCUGUUGAAAAUCCUCUAAAAAACUGAUGAAAGUAUUUUCAUUCCUCAAAGACUGUUGAACCUGUUAAAAUAAACUUCCAAAUAGUUAGAAACCAUUUUGGUGACCAAGCAUUUCCAUGUGAUAAAUAUGCCAUUUCAAUUAAAUUUGUACAUAGUUAAAAUUAAUGUAUGUUAUUUAUUUUUAGUUGAGAUAAUUAUUAUUGAAUUUUUAAUCGUUGCGUUGAAGAGUACAAAGAUAUAUCGCGAAUAAAACGGAAUAUUUGCUUCGUUUUAUGCAAGGAUUCCGCCUUACAUUAAGGAUUUUAUCUUGUUCCAUACCCCGAUGUAAAUAAUUUUAUUGCAGAAGUUCAUUAUGUACCAUUGAAUUGAAUUUAUUCUGUAGGGAAUAUUCAUACUGAAGAAAUAAACAAUAUUUGUAGAUUA